UCUUGAGUUUCAGUUUCAGUGCUUCACACAAUUAAGAAGACGUCGAUCUCUCUCUUUUUCCCGUCCAAAUCUGAUUCAGAAUUAUCCUUUUUAUUAUUAGAAAUUGAAAUUCCCAAACACAGACACACUCUUCAUCUGUAUCGCUGCUCCUUGCAAUUGCAUCACUAUGAUUCAUAGUCUCUCUCAGUCGAUGCAGCCUCGCGGUUUUACCCAAAAGGUUUGACAACUACAACAACAAUAAAUCUCAUCUUUUUCAUCAAUCGAUUCUUAGAUUUUUGAUUGAUCGCUAUCUGCGAUCCCCUUUUGAGCAUCUUUCUAGGGUUAGGGUUAGGGUUAGGGGAUCGGUUGCUUUUCUAAGAUCCCUUUUCGAAUUACCAAAAUUCGACCAAAAGGGUAUUUAGGGCUUGCGAUUGUUCAGUCAAUUAACCAUGCAAUAUAGACGGCGCGAAGAAGAGCAGGUUGCACUGUCUCCGUCUUCGAAGUUGCGCGCCCAGAACCGACUCGAAGCGGGUCCUGACCCGUCUCGGAGAAAUCGGCGCGAUGGGUCGGAUCGGUCUCCGGUGCAGCAGAGGAACUUGAGCCCUGUGAAAGUGGGUGCGUUGAGAAGGAUUGCUGGUGUGAACAAAGGGGGUGGUGAUGGGUUUGAAGGGAGGGAUUAUGAUUGGCAUUUGGGUGGUAGAAGGAGUGGUAGGGUUCGGUCAAGGUCGCCUCCUGCUGAACAAGUGAGGAAAAGGUCACAUUUUGAUGAUGGGGUUGGGCACAGAAGUUGUUCACCACCACCUCCACCACCACCACCACCACCUUUGGGGUUGAGACCAAGAUAUGAAUUGUCAAAGACCAGGGAUUACAGUGGUGAUGAAGACUUGGAUGCAAAGCGUGUCUACCUUAAUAGAGAGAAGGACUUGAUUGGAAGCAGAUUAGGUGGUGGGCAAGGCAUGGUGGAUCAGAAGUUUGUGAUACGUGAAAAUGAAGUAGGAGAUUCAUAUAGGUCAAUUCCAGACAUGGGUGCAAAUGUAACAUCACGAUAUGAAGAAGCUGAUGGUCACUUACCUCAGCCGCCAAGGAUGGUGCCCAUGGGGAGAUUUGAGCAUGAAAGACUGCAGCACCGAGACCCUCUACCUAUGGAUAAGAUACCCAUCACAGAAUCCCAAACUGGGGCAGAAAAAACUAUAUUGCAUGCAAGGGACGUUUCAUAUUCCAAAGUAUCUCCCUCUUAUACAAAAGAUUUUGCAGGCACUUCAGACUUGAGGGAUUAUGGAAGCUCCUCCAUAGAAAUGUCAAGGAGUGAUUUUCUAUGCUCGCGUGGUGAUGGCGUCUGUUUUCCUACAUCUUAUGAACUGUCAAGGAGCAGCGGAAAACUUCCAGAACAUGUAGGUUUAAGUGGACAUGGGCAAAGGCCAGUUAUAGACACUACUAGAGGUCCUGAAAUCGGGCAGAGGAAUAUGAUGUGUCAUCAACAAUGUGAGUUUAGUCCUACCAGGACUAAGCAUGCUGAUUAUCUUAAUUCCAAAUUACAGGUAAGAGCAGCACAGGAUGAGCGUUAUUAUCAGUAUGAUGAUUUACCUAGAAGGAUAGCUCCUCAUGGUCGAAUGGACUAUGAGCAAGCUGUAAUGGAAUAUGAUAAUAGGGAGGUGUCCAGACAUUAUAUCUCACAUCCAAAUUUAGAUAGGACUGGUAAGAGUGAAGAUUCUUACGGCAAUCAAAGAAGGGGUGUUAUACAUGACCACCUUGCAUUACAGGAGCCAAAGUAUUUUGACUAUCAGGAUAUGAGAAGAACAUCAAUUGCAUCGAUGCAAGGUGAGGCCUAUCUGCGUGCUGGAUAUAAUCAUCUUGAAAUUGGGAAGCGAAUGCCACAAGAGUAUGAAGUUUCAUAUCUGGAUGCACAAGAGGCGGAUCAAUUAUCAAUUUUAAGAACAGAAUAUGACUCUCGAAGAGAUGGAGGUCCAGGGCUUCAGCAAGAAAGGUUUCAAAGUUCACCCUUGUCUAAACAUAAUUCAGAAACUUACAGACAAGCUGUCAGAGUGCAGGAAAUGAAACAGGAUCUUGGCAUUCAUGACCGUUCAGAUAGAAUUAUGAAAAGAAAAUACAAUGCCAAUGAUGAAAUAGAUGUACAUGAGUUGAGAACAAUAAAAUCAAGUAAAUGGGGUGCAACUGAAGAAUUUCAAGAUGUAUAUGAAAGUGGAGAGUGGGUAGAAGAUGAAGAUAUGAAUAUGGUGUAUUCAUCUGGUAAUAUUGGAUUCAACCAUAAGGCAUGCAGGAAGUAUAAGAAAGAAUACAAUGAGUUAGAGAAUGAAGAUGAUUUUCCAUCUGAUGAGUGGAUAUUACCUCAAGAUUCUAUGGAACAUGCACAUUCAUUUCGAUUUCGGAAGUAUUCCAAUCAAAAUAUAAAGCAUCAUUCAAAGUCUAGUUCUUCAAACUGGUAUAAAUCCCAGCAUAUUCCUAAAAGAAAUGCAAUUCAUAGACAACCUAAAGUUUGGAAAAAGUAUGAUGGUUAUGAGAAUAAGCAUACAACUAAUGAUGAAUCAUCUGAAGAUUGGAUAAAUGCAGCAGAAUCUGAGCCACCUGAAGGCUCUGAGGAGUUUAUCCAAAUGGUACAUGAGAAUUUCUUAAUGUACUCCAAGAAGUUGAAUCUGAACUCAUACGUCCAAAGAAGGUACCUGGACCAAGGAAAAGCUGGUAGUUUGUACUGCAUCGUUUGUGGCAGAAGCUCCUCGAAGGAAUUCAUGGACACUCAACGCCUAGUAACUCAUGCUUUUAUGUCCCAUAAGGCUGGGCUGAGAACAAAGCACUUGGGUCUUCACAAAGCAAUCUGUGUUCUGAUGGGAUGGGAUACUGUUGCUCCUCAAGAUACAGUAACUUGGGUUCCCCAGGUCUUGACCCAUACAGAAGCUUUGGCUCAAAAGGAGGAUUUGAUUCUUUGGCCUCCUAUUGUUAUCAUCCAUAACAUAUCGAUGUCUGAUGACAAUCCACAAAACUGGCAGGUUGUAAGCAUGGAAACAAUUGAGGCUUUUCUAAGAGGCAAAGGUUUUGUGAGAGGAAGAAUCAAAUUAUGCUUAGGGAAGCCUGCAGACCAAAGUAUUAUUUUGGUGAAGUUCCUGGGCACGUUUGUUGGGCUGGGAGAUGCGGAGAGGCUUCAGAAAUAUCUUUCUGAUAGUAAUCGUGGGAGAGCUGAAUAUGAGAAAAUAAAAUCCGAAGGUAUCAAAAGCUGCAACAUCAGAGAGAGAGAUCAGGGAGAUGAAGUGGAGAAUAUUCUGUAUGGUUAUGUGGGAAUUGCAGAUGACUUGGACAAACUAGAUUUCAAUAGCAAGAAAUGGAGUAUGGUAAAGAGCAGGAAGGAAAUUGAGGACCUUGAUAAUGCUCCUGUUAAAACCGAUGAGAGACGAUAGAUAACAGUAUGGUUGAAGAACUUCUCAGGAAUUUCAUGGUCCCCUCAU